AAAAUCAUUAUUACAAAUACUAGUGCAUGUUCAACUAAUACUAGUGCAUUAUUUGAAUUUACACUCGCAAAAAAAAAACCUAGAUUGUUGACAAUGCACUACGAAAACACAAGGGAGAGGCGAAGGUCCUCGUCUCCGGACUCAUUGGAGAGGGUGGCGAGGCUGGCAUCCAAAAGCGCGGUGGUGAUAUUCAGCUUGAGUAGUUGUUGCAUGUGUCAUGCAAUGAAGAGGUUGUUCUGUGAGCUCGGUGUGAGCCCAAUGGUGUACGAGUUGGACCAAGACCCUAAUGGAAAAGGGAUGGAGCGGGCGCUUUCCAAGCUUCUUGGCAACUCACCCGCUGUUCCGGUUGUGUUCAUAGGUGGUGAACUAAUCGGAUCGAUGGAUAGAGUUAUGGCUUCUCAUAUUAAUGGCACUCUUGUCCCUCUUCUCAAAGAAGCCGGAGCUCUCUGGCUGUGACAUUCUUUUUUUUUUAAUUUAUUGUUAAAAAGGAGUGAUGAUCUUUUUCUAUCUUCCAAAAUAUUGUAGCAACUUAAUUUUAAUUAACUUCCUAUUUUGUCUUUGGUCAUGA